AUGGAAAGAGAAAACACCUCCUCGAAGCAAUCAUCGCUUUCCCAGAGUACCAACCACGCGGCUCUCCGGCCUCGUGGUCCUCCUGACCGCAACGCGCCCCUGGACGAGAAGGACGUCGAUCAGUACUACGACGAGGAAGCUAGCAUUGAUAUCCAGCCCCAGGAGCGAGAUCUAAAGCACAAGCAGGUGUUCUCUGGGUGGACUCUUUUAUUGCUGGCGUACCAAUCUACCGGUGUCAUCUACGGUGAUAUUGGGACAAGCCCGCUCUACGUUUACUCCAGCACCUUCAGUUCGCAGCCAUCGCAUGACGACCUUCUUGGCGCACUUUCCUUGAUCAUCUGGGCCAUCACUCUCAUCGUCACGGUCAAAUAUGUGCUCAUCGUUCUUUCCGCAAAUGACGAGGGUGAAGGCGGUACAUUUGCCAUCUACAGCUUGCUUGCGCGCUACUGUCACAUCACGAAGCAAGACCCAAAGAAGAAAUCCUCAUACCAGCUGAAACGAUGGCACACACACGAGCUCCGGACGAGCAACCUGAAAAUCAGAAAUUUCCUGGAGAAUAGCCGUGCCAUGCAUGGCCUCCUCAAGGCGCUUUCCGUCUUCGGCGUCAGCCUUAUUCUAGCAGACAGUAUUCUGACACCGGCGCAAUCGGUGCUGGGAGCUGUACAAGGCCUGAAGGUGGUCCGAGAGGACAUCGGAACUGACACGAUCGUUGGAGUCUCGUGCGCCAUUCUCGUCUUGCUUUUCAUGCUGCAGCCGCUGGGAAUCUCGAGGCUCGCUAGCGGAUUUGCGCCGGUGGUGAUUGUCUGGCUUCUCCUGAACUUCUGUUUCGGUGUGUACAACCUCGCCAAGUAUGAUGCGUCAGUGUUGAAGGCGUUCUCUCCGUACUUCGCUGGUCAAUUCUUCGUGCGCAAUAAGACGGAUGGAUGGCUUGCUCUGGGAGGCAUCUUGUUGGCUUUCACGGGUGUUGAGGCGCUUUUCGCGGACUUGGGUGCCUUCUCGCAAAGAGCCAUUCAACUGUCAUGGUUGUGCCUUGCAUACCCAUGCCUCCUUGUUGCAUACAUCGGUCAGGCCGCAUACAUUUCAGAGAACGAGGGAGCCUAUGCCAACCCCUUCUUCGAGUCUGUACCGCCGGGCAUGUUCUACCCUUCACUGGUCAUAUCUAUUCUGGCAGCCAUCGUAGCCUCUCAGGCUCUCAUCACUUCUGCAUUCCAACUUUUGGCGCAAGUGAUGAACACCAGCUACUUCCCUCAGAUCAAGAUGGUCUACACCAGCGACAAGUUCCACGGUCAGGUUUACAUUCCCUUUGCCAACUGGCUCAUCAUGAUCGGCACGGUAAUUGUUACCGCUGUCUACAACAACACCACCAAACUCGGCCAUGCCUACGGAUUCUGCGUCGUCCUGGUCACAUUUAUCACAACUUGCCUUGUCGCUCUGGUGGCACUGAUCGUCUGGCGCACGCACUGGUGGAUAGUGGUCCCAGUGUGGCUGAUCUUCCUUACCUUGGACGGCCUCUUCCUCUCGUCGGCGGCAACCAAAUUUGUCGAUGGCGCUUGGUUCACCUUCGUCCUCGCUCUCAUCCUCGCCAGCUUCUUCAUCCUCUGGCGUUACGGCAAGGAGCAGCAAUGGAAGUGCGAAGCCAAGCAUCACCUGCGGCCGCAGGAUCUCCUCAUCAAGGACGGAACCGGCAAAACGAAACUAGCUGAGAAGCUCGGUGGCGGCGACAUCUUCACCGUCAAAGGCCUCGGCAUCUUCUUCGACAAAGCAGGCGGCGCCAAGAUGCCGGCUGUGUACGAAGAGUUCAUCCGCAAGUUCCAGGCGCAGCAAGACGUCCACGUCUUCCUGCACCUGCGCGCGCUGCAGAUCCCACAUGUCGCCGAUGAGGACCGCUUUGAGAUCGCGGCGACGCGCCAGCCCAGCUGCUACCGCGUCGUUCUGCGCCACGGCUACAACGACCAUCCCGUCAACGCCGACCUGGGCGCCGUCGUCUACGCGAAACUGCGCGAGGCGAUUCAGUCGUCUGCGUUCUCUCCCGGGGUGCCGCCGCCUGUUGCUACUGCGACCACUCCGGUUCCGGAAAACAACACGAAUCCGGACGCGAAUGCGGAUGCGGAUGCCGCUGCGGCUCCUCCUGUCGCGGAGACGGCGGAAGUUUCUGCAGGUGACUACGACCCCAUUGAUAUCGCGGGACAUUCUACAGGUCUUUCCUACUCGCCGGUAGAGAGCCGCGAUGGCAACUGGCUUCGUCCGACGGUAUCGGAGCGGCUCGCGGCGCUGGAGUCGGCUUAUGCGACGCAAGUUGUGUACAUCGUCGGCAAGGAACAGCUGCGGCUGUUGGAGAACAAGAACGGUCUCUUCAAGCGCGUUGUGCUGAGCAUAUUCCUGUGGUUCAGGGAUAACACGAGGGCGAAGGUGGCCAAGAUGAAUAUCCCGGUUGACAAAUUGGUCGAGGUGGGGUUUGUGAGAGAGAUUUGA